CCUCAAAAACAAGGAGGAAGGGAAGUUCCAUUUUUUUUUUUUCAAUUAUAGCAGCAGCAGAUUUGGGGCAUAUCAUUGCCUCCAUGUUGGAAAACUACAGAAAGGAAACCUUGCAGUACUCAGCAUUAAUUCAUCUCUGUCUGUGUGUUGAUGAGCUGUUUCUUCCAUUGCUUCUCUCUGGUGACUUGAAGGCAGCAGACCGCACAAAAAUAAUAGUAAAAACCAUUACAGCCAUAAAAAACAUAAAAACCAGCAAAGAGCCUCCCAGUUCCCCCAAAGGCAAGACAUCUGCUCACAUCCAAACUGAACUUGAGAACGUCACAAGUUUCAACCUCAUAUUAGCUCAAGAUUUUAGUGCAGAAACAAAAUUAACUUCAAAGCUGGAUCUCGACAGAUCAAGGAUAUGUUAGUGGCAAAAGAUAAACUAGCUGGACUAUGAAGAGACUAACAGAAAUAAAAAUACGCCAAACCUUUGUGGGGAUUAUAUUAAAGUCAAAAACUCUAAAGCGGGGCUUCUCAAACUCUGGAUCGUACUUGCUAGGGAGAAAUGAACGAAUUUAAGAGGAGGUGAAAACUGUAAGCUUUGCCCUUAAAAAAAAAAAAAGUCGAUAUGAGAAUCGACUCCAUUUCUUUCUGAACAACUGAUUCUUCACUGCAAAUUAUUUCUUCUGGAAAUGGGUUUAGGGUUUCAAGUGUUGCAGAAUGCACCUUUGGUGUUCAAAAUCAGCUGGACCGAAGAGGAAUAGGUGGAAAGUAAUUGCUUAUCAUAAGAUAGCGCCUCCCCGUCUAGGGGAAGGACAUAGAAGGGCAGAAAUAUUCUUUUCAUCUUUCUCUUGUACUUGAACUUUGCUGGCCAGAAGAAAAAGGAGGAUGUCUUCAUCCAAACAAGAAAGAAUGGUGGCACCUCUGCCAUGAUGUGGACCAAAGGGACGCAGCCAGGAAAACAACUGGCAAGAAAGCUGUCAUAAUAACUCUCAAGUGGGUGACUUAAUAGCAAAAUAAGAUUGUAAACUGGACCAAAGAGGUGGAAAGUAAUUGCUGAUCAUAAGAUAACGCCUCCGUUUAGGGGAAGGACAUAUUUGAGCAGGAAUGUUUUUUUUUUUUUAUCUUUCUCUUAUACUUGAACUUUGGUGCCCAGAAGAAAAAGGAGGGUCUCUUCAUCCAAACAAGAAAGAAUGGUGGCACCUCUGCCAUGAUGUGAACCGAAGAGCUUCAGUACUUAGGAUCAGUCUACCUUGGAAGGUCUAGAUUUCUUGGGUAAAACGGAAUAAGUCUGAUUCUUUGGUUUUCUGAAAAAAAGCAGGAUCCCUCAAUAUUGGAACUUAUCUAAAAGAGGGUCCUGGGAUUUGGGAUUCAGCUUCAUUAAGCGCUACAGUAUUUUUCUUCGGUAGAAUCUGUUCCACAUUUUUUUUGUUUGUUUGUUUCUUGCCUGCAUUGCUGUAGAAGAAAUGAUGUCUGAAAUUGGAAACCAGGGCAGAUAAUUUCUCUCCUUUCUCUGACAUUAGACACAGCACUGUCUAACAAUACUUUGGCAUGAAGAACGAAGUGUCUGCACCUAAGCAGAAAUAACACAGGGAGCUCAGCUUAGACAGAAAAAUCUUAAAGACCAAACCCAGAAUGGCAACGCAAAGGGAAUACGACAGGAAGCUGACCAAGGGCUGCAUCAGGGAGUCUUGCUCAGUCAGCUAGCUGAGUGGAGCUUCCACAUGAAGAGGCAGUCUACAACCAAAGAGCCAUGCCUUCUGUGCCAAAAGAUGAGAAAUAGGCAGCUUUGGUGAUUUGUUGGUAGCUUCCUAGAGACCUUGGUCUGGCAUUGGUGUGUGUAGAAAUGGUGGAGAAGGUGAUCUUUGAUAGGAUCCCAAAGAAGGCUUGUCAUAAUCAUCUUGGGGAUUCUACUGGUUUGAUGAUGUCAUCUGUCCAUCUCAACUGUCACUGUACUGUCAGUGAUCUGAGUGAAGAGGCUUUCAGCGUGUAAGUAGGUCUUCAGAAGGGCUGCUGGGCUCUUCCCCAAAAGGAAAUUGGGCCUGCAAAGAGGGGUCUGAUUUUGGAGGCUUUUCUUCUUCUGGGGGAAACCUAAAACUUUGCUGAGCAUCUGCCUCUCCUUUCCCAGAUUUCUCCACGAAGGACAGGACUACGAAGGAGGUUCUGUUCAUAAGAAGGAACAAAGUAUGUAGCAAACUGAAAAUAAGAUUGUAAACCUCAUCCUCAAAUAACUCUCUCUUCAUUGAAAAGGGCAGGGAUGCGGGGGGGGGCGUUCCCCUUUUGUUCCACGUGAUAGUGGACUAGGGAAUCCCUGGGCUGGAUGUCUCGCUGCUAAUAAUUGUGUCGAGGGGCCAAGGGAAGACAGGGAAUGACUCUGCAAGGAACUUUGGCAACAGUACGAUGAAUUGCAGAUGAGAGACAAAAAGUGUUUAUUAGGGUCCUUUGCUUGAAAUACCACCCCAAAGCUUCCUCCUUCCAAAGAGGCUAGGAUUUAAGAAUCUGAGAGUAACCAUAAAGGGAGAGGACGGCUCCAGAGGCCUAGAGAAGAAAGUAGCCUAAAUUUCUUCUGGAACUGGGUUUAGAGUUUCAUAUGUUGCAGAAUGCACCCUGUUGUUGAAAAUCAACUGGACCGAAGAGGAAGAGGUGGAAAGUAAUUGCUUAUCAUAAGAUAACGCCUCCCUACCUAGGGGAAGGACAUAGAUGGGCAGGAAUUUUCUUUUCAUCUUUCUCUUGUACUUGAACUUUGCUGGCCAGAAGAAAAAGGAGGAUGUCUUCAUCCAAACAAGGAAGAAUGGUGGCACCUCUGCCAGGAUGUGGAUCAAAGGGACACAGCCAGGAAAACAACUGGCAAGAAAGCUGUCACAAUAACUCUCAACUCAUUGAAGCCCAGCAGGCGUUUCAACAAUUUCAGGUGGACGUUGGGAUGGGUGAAAGUCAGGAUGAUUUCAUUAAUGAAGAUUUCCCCAGCAACAACACGGUUGGAAAGAAGAUUCUCUUCACAAAAAGGGGCAUCAAAAUUGAAGAGUGCUCCUUGCAAGGCUGCCUGCCAUAGAAGGGACCAACGGAGGAGCCAGGGUUUAUGCAAAGAGGAGCGCAGUAUCCUUGAAGGCCUCUCUUCCAUCGCCACUCUGUUUCGGCUGAAGCGGAGCGGGCAAAUGGCAGUCCCAAAGCCAAGGAAUAAGAACCUCUAUGGCCUGGCUGUCUUGGCUCUGAUGGAGGACAACAAUUUAAGCAGCUUCACAGCAAGACUAGCUGCAAUGCUUGCAGUUUAUGACAUCAGCAAGGUUUCUCCAGCCAUGGACCCAUACGUUGAGUCGCAGCUCCUGAAGAUCUCUGGGUCCAUGUGGAUGUCCUCCAUGAAAAACCGAGGGGAGAAUAUCUCAGAGGUACCACCUUUAGCAUCAUUUCUGGGAGUUCCUUUCUGAUACUGGAACAGCUGGGAAAAUGUUUCACACGUCAUCAUCUGUCUUUCAUUUCAGGAAGAGAAGAAGCUGCAAUGAAACGUUCCAGUGGGAACAACUGAAGUGGGGGAUUGUUCUUCACGACAGGAAUCAAGUAGCAGGGGAAUUUGGCUUGUCACAAGAGCUGUUUUCCUUCUUGCAGGGACCUUUUCACAAAGAGGCCUCUAACUGUAAUGCGCCAUGGCCAGAAUUGCAGAUGAAAGACAAAAUGUGGGUUUAUAGGGUCCUUUGCUUGAAAUGCCACCCCAAAGCUUCCUCCUUCCAAAAAGGCUGGGAUUUAAGAAGCUGGGAGCAGCCACAAAGACGAUGGCUCCAGAGGCCUAGAGAAGAAAGUAGCCUAAAUUGCAUAUUUUGGCCAUGAGAUUCCAGAGAAUAGACAUUCUUAGCAAAUGUUUCUUUUUUGCUUGAAUUCGACAGCACUUUUGAGGGAUAUAGCUGGUGAUAUUUCUCUGCUGCUUGGAGUCAGCUUCUCUACUGUGAGAGCCAUCAACCUAGGAUCAACAUACGCAGCAAGCUUAAAAUAAGGUUGUAAACUUUGUGUCCCCCAUUCCUCUCGGCAAUCCCAUCCUCAUAUAACCUUUUUCCUCUUGUUCCACUUGACAGUGGACUAAGGAAUCCUUGGACUGGAUGUCUUGCUGCUAAUACUUGUGUCGAUGGGCCAAGGGAAGACAGGGAAUGACUCUGCAAGACACUUUGGCAACGGUACGAUGGAAUUCUUUCCGUCUCUUCCAGCUCAUUGAAGCCCAGCAGGCGCUUCCACAAAUUCGGCCUUCAGGUGUUCUCAUUUUGUUGGUAGACACAGGCUUCCUUUCCAUUUGCCACCUUCUUUCCUUCAUUUGUCUCACAUUCUUCCGCAUUCAGGUGACCUAGUUGUAGAAGAACUAUAACUUCCUCUCCCCCCGAGGAAGGAUGAAAAGCACAAACAUUCUUUCCCAAGGAAAGUCCUUUCGUUUUGUUUCAUCUACAACUUUCAAUUAUUGCACAUAAAUGUUGUAUUUGCUCUGUUCUAUUCUGAUCUUAAAGUACAAUAAAUCCUGCGAUAUUAGUGUUUAGAAUACUCGGUCCAUCCUCCUCACUUCAAGAAUGGAUUUUUCUGCUAUCGAACUUUCACCUUUGGUUUUUGAAGAUGGAGCUGAGGUCACAUUGUGGUAUUGUGGUCAGUUUUAGUAUGCCGCAGCAGGUUGGUGGUGUGGAGGGUUGGACUAAGACAGGGGUAGGCA